AUGACAGACUGCAAGGUGGAUGAUUUUCCUUUUCCAAAGGGUUUAAAGUUUCACAAAGACACUGGUGAUAAGUUUUCUGAUCCAGAGAUGUAUAGAAGGAUUAUUGGGAAGCUUCUAUAUUUGAAUAUGACCAGGCCUGACAUUUCUUAUGCUGUACAACAGCUGAGUCAGUUCUUUGGAGAUCCAAGACUGCCACAUUUUUCAGCCGCACAACAUGUUCUGAAGUAUUUGAAAGGCACUUUGCAGCAUGGUUUGUUUUAUUCAGAUAACACAAACUUGAAGCUCCAAGCUUAUUGUGAUGAAGAUUGGGGCACUUGUGCUUAUUCAGCCAGAUCUCUUACUAUUGUAUCUUUUUGGGAUAUUCCUUGA